UAAUCCAAAAAUUUUUUCCGUGCAUUGUGGUUUUUCAUUUCUCCCAUUCUACCAUUCCAUCCAUUGCAUCAUCCAAGGAAUUUGACCGCAGAAGCACGCAUCUUCCGCUCAUAAAGAUUAUAGAUUUGAGGAAUUUGACUGCAACCUAUCAUUUUUCGUGAGAUCACGUAUUCUUGAAAAAAAGUCAAUCUUCGAAUCUUGCUUUCGGCAAUCGGUUGUCUCGAGAAAGAAAAGAAGCGAAAAUCAGCCGCGAAGAUGGGAAUGACGAGAGGCCAUUCUAUCGCAGCCAUUUCUAUUGGUACUCUGCAGUUAUUGUUUUCCGUUGCUUUGAUCAUUCCCUCUUUCGUUCUUUCGAGUUAUAACAACCAACAUGUCAACACAUCCAUGACGCCAUAUUGGACUGGGUUUCCGUUCUUUCUCUGUGCAAUUUUUGGCAUUUGUGGAGGUGUUACCAAGAACCAUUGUUGUAUGGUUGCAUUUUUGGUCUUCAGCAUUAUUGUCACAGUCAUUUCUGCAAUAGCGUCGAUUGUUGUCACUAUAGCUCUGACCGUGUGGAAUGUUACAAGUGAUGUUUAUGAUUGCUCAGAUGGCAACAGUUAUGGAGCAGUGGAUGACUGCUCCUACCUGAACAACGUCAGAACUGUGAUUAUUGUGAUCAUGAUUGUCUGCUACAUCUCCACUGCUUUGGCCCUGGCUGGAUCAAUUUUGGGCUGUGUUACAACUUGCUGUGCCCCACCUGAUCCCCCCAUGGUGGUUAUUGCUCAGCCAACAAUGGCCCCCACUGGUGUGGUGGUAUCUCAUUCAUCCAUGCAGGUUAGCGGAGGGGCUCCAAUGGCCUACCCCCAGGGUGGUUACCCUCUGAGUGCUUACCCUCAGGGUGCUUACCCUCAGGGUGCUUACCCUCAGGGUGCUUACCCUCAGGGUGCUUACCCCCAGGGUACUUCUGCUGGACAGGCCAUGUUCACAGAAGAAACAGCACAGACUCACGACAAGGCUCCCUUGGUUGUGUAAACUGUCAUCACAGUUUAUUACAUUAGUUUGAUAUUUCCUUUUUUCUAGGUUAAAUUUGUUGUAAGUUUCAGUGCAUAGUUGGCAUUUAACUCAGUGUGCAGUCAUAAACUAAAGAAUUAGAGCCCUUUGUUAUCUUUUCACAAAGAAAAAUUGAUUCAAAAUAUUUUUUUAUGAAGAAUGAUUCCAGUUUGUUAUGGCAGACGGAUAUUUUCCUCUCCAUUGUUUAUGAUUUAGCAAAGAAGGCUUUGUUUAUUAAUGUAUGUGAUAUGUGACUGUAUUUAACAGAGUUGCUUUUUGGUAAAAAAGCUGAAAAACUUCUUUAGCAAUUAAAUUUCUAAGCAUUCUUUUAGACACUAGCCUGUCAGAUAGGUUUCAUUUUAUGUUAAUAAUUUUUUUAUAAUAGGUUAUAUAGAGGAGACCAAUUGAUAGCUUUGUCCAUGACAUAUAUAAAAAUUAAGCAUUUAUUUAGGAUCUAGAGUUGCUCUUCAGAAGAGUGUUCUCUUUGUUUAGAAAAUUGCUACUGUACUUGAUGCAGGUUAGUUAAGAAUUGAACAAGUGAGGAUGAGUGCAGUUUAAAUUGUUGCCAGUAUUUUUUACCACCAAGAGAAAGAAACGGCAAUCAUUUUAAAAGUAUUCUGAUAACUUAAUUAUAUUUCAUUUCGUUAAGAGUAGGCCUGUAUGGUGUAGCAUUUUAUAGAUUUAAGUUAUAUACUACCAAAGGUAGUUUUUGUAUCGGUUUUUUGUGUUAGGUUUUAAAUUUAGCCUAUAUGCCAUGUAUUUUAGUAUAUUAUACCAAAGUCAGCUUGUUGCAAUACUCGAUGCAGUGGUGAUAAAAGUUUAAUAAAUUGUUUUGUCAUCCCAUG